AUGAGCUGUAAUGACGAGGAAUACAUAAAGCAAAUGGAAUUACAAAGGAAGGCCUUCGAAAGCCAAUUCGGAUCUUUAGAGUCUAUGGGGUUCGAAGAUAAAACAAAAAGCAUAGAAACCAAAGAAGACGUAAACUCCAGUUCGGAUGGUGAGAAUGACAGCUCUGAUGAUGCCAAUGAUUUUAGCGACGAUAAUAGAGAGGGUUCUUUUUCCUCCUCGGAGGAGAAUAGUCACGACAGCAGUGUGGACAUUGAACAAGAUUCUAAACCAAAAACCCGGCCAAAAGUCAUCAAAUUUAGUGGGCCUAGUGACGUCUACAUUCCACCAAGCAAAAAAACACAGAAACUAUUAAGAAGUGGUAAAACUUUAUCUCAAAUUAACAAAAAACUGGAGAGUGCUGAAGUCAAGGAAGAAAAAGAAGAUGAGACUUUGGAAGCAGAAAAUUUGCAAAAUGACUUGGAGUUGCAACAAUUUCUGAGAGAGUCACACUUACUGAGCGCUUUCAGUAAUAGCGGAAAUAGUUCUGCAGACAGCGGCGUAUCGUUGACCUUACAAAGCAUCGGCGGUGGAAAUGAUGACGGCAUAAUUUACCAAGAUGAUCAAGUGAUUGGAAAAGCUAGAUCUCGUACACUAGAAAUGAGGCUGAAUAGACUCUCAAGGGUGAACGGGCAUGAAGAAAAAAUAAGCAAAUUGGAAAAAGUGCCUAUGCAUAUCAGAAAAGGAAUGAUUGACAAGCACGUCAAGAGGAUCAAGAAAUACGAACAAGAAGCAGCAGAAGGCGGGAUUGUGUUGUCAAAAGUGAAAAAGGGACAAUUCAGAAAGAUUGAAUCGACAUACAAGAAAGAUAUUGAGAGACGUAUUGGUGGAAGUAUCAAGGCCAAAGACAAAGAAAGAGGCACCAAAAGGGAGCGUGGUUUGAAAAUAAGCAGUGUGGGUAGGUCUACGAGGAAUGGCUUGAUUGUUUCCAAAAGGGAUAUUGCUCGUAUUAGUGGGAGUGACAAGGGUGGUAAAUUCAAUAGCAAAAAGAAGACUCGUCGCUAA